CAUACACUCAGUCCACCCUGGCGGGGACCUCACCAAUGACCUCCAUGAAAACAGGGUCCCAGACAAGCCAGUUGGUCUGAAGGUGUCUUGUGGUCCAUUACUGCCAUGGCGCUGACUGACCACAUCAGGGUGUGCUGGCAGCCCCCCGCACAGCACAAUGUGCUGCUGUGCGGCUACACCAUUGCCUGGGACCAAGGCGUGGCGGACAUCUACUCCAAGAUCGUGGACAGCAAGCAGCACGGUUACAUCAUUGAUAAGCUGGAACCCAACAUGGAGUUUGUGAUAAGCCUGCGAGCCUUCAACAACGUGGGUGACGGGCAACCGGUGUACCAGCAAGUCCGCACCCAGCCAGAGGAGGAGGAGGUGGUGGCACCCACGCUGGACCCGGCGGUGUGGGUGAAGGCCAUGGUGCUGACGCCCUUCACCGUGGUGCUGCAGUGGGCGGACACCAUGCUGAGCCAGAACCAGUACAACAGCUGCACCACCUUCUCGUCCUCAUCCUCCAGCCGCUACGUCAACGCCACGGAUGUGACCUGCCUCAUUGACAGCCUCAAGCCAUCAACAGUGUGUGAGUUUGCUGUGAAGACCAUCAGGGUGAGACCACAGUGCUGGAAGCCUUCGUUCUUCUUUCAGUAAAUAUUCACUCAGUCCUGCAACACUUCUCAAGGAAAUCCUGCACAGCUGAAUCCUUGCUGUGAUGAGGCACAGAGAAAUUAUGACUCAUAGGCCUGGUGGCCUCCAACACCCUGCUGGUGGCCUGACCGUCCUGGCCCUCCCUGGCCAGCCGUCCACCACCACCUUCACCCGGCAGCCGCUGCAGCGGAA